UGUUUGCCUUGUUUUGAACACUGGAAUCUUUUUUCAGAGAUCAUGAGAACACAGCUUCAAGCUUGCUGCAGGAUCACUAUCUUGAUUCAUCUUGGAGAACUGAUAACAGUCUCCCAUGGACGUUGGACAGCAGCAUUAGUGAAGAAAACAGGGCUGUCAUUGAGAAAAUGCUGCUGGAAGAAGAAUAUUAUUUAUCUAAUAAAUCACUUUCUGAGAAAAUAUGGCUCAAUCACAAGGAAGUGGAGAAAAGAUCUAUGAAAAGCCCGCAUAAGAAAACUGGAAAAGUCAUGGUGCGAUCACCUACAAAAUCAGCUAGCUACCCAUUAAAGUGGACAUCAGAAGAGAAAGAACUGUUUGAACAAGGACUGGUGAAGUUUGGCCGCCGGUGGACAAAAAUUGCCAAGUUGAUUGGAAGUCGUACUGUUCUACAAGUGAAGAGCUAUGCUCGGCAGUACUUUAAGAACAAGGCAAAAAAUGGUGAUUCUGAAAAAGAAGAGCGAAGUCAGUGCGGCAGCAGUCUUCCCCUUGAAGAUGGGAUAAAGGUAGAAGCGUGGUCGUCUGGAAACUUGAGAGGACGUGCAGACCCCAAUCUGAAUGCAGUGAAAAUUGAAAAGCUGUCAGAUGAUGAAGAAGUAGACAUAACUGAUGACAUGGAUGAGCUACUUUCUCCUGCCUUCCAGCAAGAAACUGGAAAAUCUGUUAUUUCAAAAAGUCCAGUUGAAGAAACAAAAGGAAUGGAAUGUGUGUUUUCAUCUGCCAGACACAGUUCUGCAAUUUCUUUACCUAAAGAAGAUCCUCAACAUACCAAGCAAGAUACAGUGGAUGCAUUAGUAUUUCCAGGUGUUGCAGCAACAUGUUCUCAGCACCUGAACGGUGAUAAAUCUGUGAAUUUAGAUUACCAGCAAUACAAUAAUUUCAUUGAGAAAGCGGAACAAGGCCGAGUAGUCACCUCUCAUGGUACGAGGCAAGGAACUGAUCAGGAGCUUCCUGAGGAACAGAGAGACCUGGCUGAUAACACAUUGCUUUUUCCUUCUCUCUGCCAAGUGGAUGAAGAUCAUCAGGAAGAAGCAGAGGAGCUUAAGCCACCUGAUCAAGAAGUGGAGGUUGACAGAAGCACCAUUCUGGAAGAAGAAAAGCAAGCCAUUCCUGAAUUUUUUGAAGGGCGCCAGGCCAAAACACCUGAGCGUUAUUUGAAAAUUAGGAAUUAUAUUUUGGACCAAUGGGAGAGGUGUAAACCCAAAUACCUGAAUAAGACUUCAGUACGUCCAGGCCUGAAGAACUGUGGUGAUGUUAACUGCAUUGGACGGAUCCACACAUACCUGGAGUUAAUAGGAGCGAUUAACUUUGGCUGUGAACAGGCUGUCUAUAACCGACCCCAGCCCGCUGACAAAACACGGUCCCGAGAAGGCAAAGACACGGUGGAAGCCUACCAGCUGGCUCAGCGCUUGCAGUCCAUGCGUACAAGGCGGCGGCGAGUGCGAGACCCUUGGGGAAACUGGUGUGAUGCCAAAGACUUGGAAGGACAGACGUUUGAGCAUCUCUCUGCUGAAGAGUUAGCAAGAAGAAGAGAGGAAGAAAAACUGAAACCUGCAAAAUCUUCUAAAGGUUCAAGACAAAUAAAAAGUUCCUUUGAUCCCUUUCAGCUGAUACCAUGCUGUUUAUUCUCUGAAGAAAAACAGGAACCUUUUCAGGUGAAAGUGUCUUCCGAAGCACUUCUAAUAAUGGAUUUGCACUCUCAUGUGUCUAUGGCAGAAGUUAUAGGGCUGCUAGGUGGAAGAUACUCUGAAGCUGAUAAAGUUGUAGAAGUUUGUGCUGCGGAGCCGUGCAACAGCCUCAGCACAGGACUGCAGUGUGAGAUGGAUCCUGUAUCUCAGACACAGGCCUCGGAAACGCUGGCUGCCAGGGGGUACCGGGUUAUCGGGUGGUACCAUUCCCACCCGGCCUUCGACCCCAACCCCUCCAUCCGAGACAUUGACACUCAAGCAAAAUACCAGAGUUAUUUCUCCAGGGGUGGUGCCAUGUUCAUUGGAAUGAUUAUAAGUCCUUACAACCGGAAUAAUCCUCUUCCAUAUUCUCAAAUUACUUGUCUAGUAAUUAGUGACGAGAUCAGUGCGGAUGGUUCCUACCGCCUGCCCUACAAAUUUGAAGUACAGCAGAUGUUGGAGGAACCUCAGUGGGAGUUAAUAUUUGAAAAAACAAGAUGGAUAAUUGAAAAAUACAGAUUCUGCCAUAGCAGUGUCCCCAUGGAUAAAAUUUUUCAUAGAGAUUCUGACCUGACUUGUUUGCAGAAACUUUUGGAGUGCAUGAGGAAGACUUUGGGCAAGGUAACAAACUGCUUCAUUGCUGAAGAGUUCUUGACUCAGAUAGAAAACUUAUUCCUUUCCACGUACAAGAGUGAGAAAAAGAGUAAUGCCGAAGAAAAGGAGAAUGAAUGUGCAAAUGAAUUACCAAUGUGACGGCUUUAACUAAACAAAACUUACAGAACUUUGGUUUUAUUUUUUCAUUUUCUUCUCUUCCUCCCCGUUAUGUCUAUUCUUUCAGGUUUAUUACCCAUUUUAAUAGUAACUGUUACAGAAUCUGGUGUCAUCUUACUGUUACGGUUUAAACAUACUUUGAAAAACUCCUGAUGUGUGUGACCUGACUACAUGAGGAACACUUAAUGCUAACAUUUAGUAAAAAACGAGUGCCACAGAGUUAGCUGACUGACCAACAGCCUGCCCGUUGGGAAGGAGGAACAACCUGGCAAGAAUAGUGUGCUUCAGUCUUCAAGGAUGGUUUGUCCUCUCUCAAGUCUUUCAGUUUGGGCAUUUUCUCUUAUUAUUUAUCUACAGGUACACAUCUAACUUGGAAUUAAUUUUUUCCUUAAUACUUUAGUGAUUGUAAGUUUGAAGGCAUUCACAAAGCAAAACUUAACUGCAAUGAAAAUUUUGUAGCUCACUGAUUUCAAACUUUCCUGGUAUCCGGUCUGAAGUUUUAGUCAGUUGUAAUUUAACACAUGAUCUGAUUUAUUUCCCCCCCCCUCCUUGAUCCCUAUGAUGAAGUAGUUUUUUGGCACAUUCUUUGCCAUCUUGCUUUUAUACUGGGGAGGAAAAGCUGGCAAGUUUUCAUGACUUCUCAGUAGUGGUUGUGCUUGUUUCCAGUGGAAAUGAUAACUCCUGUCUUAUUACAGGUUGCAGUCUUUCUGGUCUUCCAUUCUGUGGGGAGAUACUAUGUUGUUCUGCCAGAUCAUUGUGAUUUGUCUGCUUUUAAUUGCCACUGUUUCCUGUGGAAACAAGAGCUCUUGAUUGACAGCAAACGGAGUGCAACAAGCAGAAAAGUAUUUGUCU